GAGGCUCCCCCGGCCCCGCCCAUCCCCCCGUGCAGACGUCACGCGGGGGUGAAGGCGGUUGGGAGGAGAAGUCGCUCGAGCGGGGAAGUGGCGGCCGUUAGGAAAAUGGCGCCGUGCGGCCCGGGGCAGACCCCCGUCACUGGUCACCGCCGCCUUCCUGGUGCAGCUGCUGUGUCACGGCCACACCGGCCGGCUGUACAGCAGGCAGGAGCCGGUGACCAUUCUGGAGGCGGAUGGGGUUAAGGGCCUGUUUGGGAACUGGUCGGCCGCCUGGGUGGUGGAGUUCUACUGGUCGUGGGGCGGCCCCUGUGUCAACUAUGGGGCCACCUGGAAGGUACUGGGCCCGGGAGGUGAAAGGAGCCGCACUAGGACCACGCAGGGCUGUGGGUCCGACCCGGACCUGCACAUUUCGAUCCGGUGUGCCCGCUCCAGACUCAACAGGCCAGAGUACAACUCCAGCCCCAGGAAUCCAAUAAGGUCUUCGCCUUCCUCGCAUUCCGGAAGACCCACGAGCUAGUAUUUGAUCUGAAGAUGAAGUUUCAAAAUCAACAGAUGAAGGGCUUAUGCCUGAACCAUUGACUCUCCUGCUCCUCGGAUGCUGCCUGACCCGCAGUUUUUGACUCUGAUUCUCCAGCAUUUGUGAGUCACUCAAUCCAUCAGGACUGCAACGAUGUUCGACCUUGAUCCAAUUGGUUCCUGUUUCAGUACGUUUUCAGCAUCAGUGGGACUGGAAGAGAGACCCGACUGUUGCAGCAACGCACGGAGUGUGGAGCCUGAAACAGUUAACUGGCCUGGAAAGAGGAAUUCAAGGCUGGGAGAGGACAUACACGCGUUUGUGUGCAACUGUAGCUUUGGCCAUGGAGAAACCAUGGAAGUGUGGCGACUGCGGGAAAGGUUUCCGUGUCCCGUCUGCCCUGGAGACACAUCGGCGCAGUCACACCAGGGAGAAGCCAUUCUCCUGUCCUGAGUGCGGGAAGGCCUUCAGUGAUUCCUCUGCCCUGCUGAGGCACCGGCGAGUGCACACAGGGGAGAGGCCCUUCAGCUGCCCUGAGUGCAGGAAGAGCUUCAGCGAUUCCUCCGCCCGGCUGAGGCACUUGCGGGUGCACACAGGGGAGAGGCCCUUCAGCUGCCUCAAGUGUGGGAAGGCCUUCAACGAUUCCUCCGCCCUGAUAAGGCACCAGCGGCUGCACACAGGGGAGAGGCCCUUCCGCUGCCCUGAUUGUGGGAAGGUGUUCACUCGCUCCUCCCACCUCGUGAUUCACCAGCGGGUCCACACCGGUGAGAAGCCCUUCCCCUGCCCCAAAUGUGGGAAGGCCUUCAGCGAUUCCUCUGACCUGCUGGCCCACCGGCGGGUCCACACUGGCGAGAGGCCAUUCACCUGCUCUGUCUGCGGGAAGUGCUUCACAUGCUCUUCCGACCUGCUGAAGCACCAGCGUGUCCACACUGGGGAAAGGCCCUACAGCUGCUCUGAGUGUGGGAAGGGCUUUACCCAGGCAUCCCACUUGCUGACACACCGGUGGGUCCACACUGGGGAGAGGCCGUUCACCUGCCUCGAGUGCGGGAAGGGCUUUGCUGUCUCCUCCAGUCUACUGACGCACCAGCGGGUCCACACUGGAGAGAGGCCUUAUAAAUGUGGCGACUGUGGGAAAGGCUUCCGUUUCCUGUCUGCCCUGGAGACUCAUCGGCGCAGUCACACCGGGGAGAGGCCAUUCCCCUGCACUGACUGCGGGAAGGCCUUCAGACAUUCCUCCCACCUGCUGGCCCACCAGCGGGGCCACACGGGGGAAAGGUCCUUCAGCUGCCCAGAGUGCGGGAAGGCCUUCAGCACUUCCUCCACCCUGCUGAGCCACCAGCAUGUCCACACUGGAGAGAGGCCGUUCACCUGCCCUGAAUGUGGGAAGGCCUUCAGGUAUUCCUCCACGCUGCGGACCCACCGGCGUUUCCACACAGGGGAAAGGCCGUUCAGCUGCUCCGAGUGUGGGAAGGCCUUCAGGUAUUCCUCCGCCCUGCGGAGCCAUCGGCGCGUCCACACGGGGGAGAGUCCCUUCAGCUGCCCUGAGUGUGGGAAGGCCUUUACCCGCAUCUCUGCCUUGCGGAGCCACCAGCGGAUCCACACCGGGGAGAGACCCUUUACCUGCCCCGAGUGCGGGAAGGCCUUUACCGACAUCUCCUCCCUGAUGAAGCAUCAGCGGAUCCAUACUGGGGAGAGGCCCUUUAUCUGCUCUCAGUGCGGGAAGGCCUUCAGCACAUCCUCCCACCUACUGAUCCAUCAGCGUGUCCACACAGGGGAGAGACCGUACACCUGCCCUCACUGUGGGAAGGCCUUCAGGUAUUCCUCCUCCCUGCUGACCCACCAGCGGAUCCACACAGGGGAGAGACCGUACACCUGCCCUCAGUGCGGGAAGGGCUUCACCCGCUCCUCCCACCUGCGGAGACACCAGCGGAUCCACACGGGGGAGAGACCCUUCAGCUGCCCCGAGUGCGGGAAGGCCUUUACCGACAUCUCCUCCAUGAUGAAGCAUCAGCGGAUCCACACUGGGGAGAGACCGUACACCUGCUGUCAGUGCGGGAAGGGCUUCACCCGCUCCUCCCAACUGCGGAGCCACCAGCGAGUUCACGUGCCAUUGCAGGGGGAUUGAAGAAGUUACGGCUGAGUCCCAUUAUCGAUUGGACUAUCAACCCAGUUCCGGAGAUUCCCGGGUUUGAAUCCCCCACGACAGAUGGCAGAAUUGGUAUUCGGUCAGAAAUGUGGAGUUUGGAAUCUAACAAUGAGACUGUUUCAGGGAGGGGUGGUGCAGGGGGGAAAGCCCCCAUCUGAUUUACUCUCUCCCUUGUUAGGGAAGGGAACCGCCAUUGUGGGAGAGGAUUCACUCAGUUGUUCCAGCUGCAUCCUUUACCCGGUCUGGCCUACACGUGACUCCAGACCCACAGCAGUCUGGUUGACUCUACACUGCCCUCCCCCCACUGGCAAAGGAGCGGGGAGAAACUUACUUGGAGACAGGGUAUGGGUUGAAAUUGCUGAGUGAGGCAAUACUUCCUCCGGGUUACGGCUGUACCAAGGAUCCAGUAACAAAGG